AUGAACGGAACGAAAGGCACCAAUGGCAGUCCAACAGGCCCCAAACUCCUGUGGGAGCAUCCUUCUCCAAAAACGACACCCAUGUACCAGUUCCUCAAAUUGGUGAAUGAGACACAUAAUCUGCGGCUUUCCAACUACUCGGAGUUACACGCAUGGAGUAUCAACAAUGUCAACAACUUCUGGCAAAGAGCCUGGGAUUUCGUGGGUGUCAGGCACCAAGGAACCCCAACAUCAGCUGUGGAUGACGACGCGCCCAUGUUUCCUCGUCCAGAUUUCUUCCCGAGAGCAACACUCAACUUCGCCGAGAACCUCCUAUUCCCCACCGCUACAGUCGAUGCCUCCUCACCUGCUGUUAUCGCCGCAACAGAGACUACAAGGGAGACUGUGACAUGGCAGGAGCUCAGGGACAGAGUAAAGCUGUGCCAAGCCGGAAUGAUACAUCUGGGCCUCAAGGAAGGCGAUCGAGUGGCUGGCUAUGUCGCGAACCACACAAGCGCCUUGGUAGCAAUGCUAGCUGCGACGUCGCUGGGAGCAGUGUGGACAGCAGUCAGCCCAGAUACAGGCGUCCACGCUGUGCUCGAUAGAUUACGUCAGAUCGAGCCGGCCUUGCUCUUUGCAGACAACGCUGCCUUCUACAACGGCCGCAGCCAUCCAGUACUGCCCAAGGUUGCCGACAUUGCGCGGGACCUGCCAUCUCUCCAAGCUGUUGUUAUCUUCCCUACUGUAGCCUCAGUACAGUUCGAUGUCACCUCCAUUCCUGUAGAAUCUGGCAAAACCUACGAUUACGCAACAUUUACAGCACUGAAGUCAAUGUCAGAGCUUGUCUUCAAGCAAUUGCCGCCAGACCAUCCGGUAUAUAUCUUGUAUUCAAGUGGCACGACAGGUGCACCCAAAUGCAUUGUCCAUGGAGCCAUCGGUACACUACUUCAACACAAGAAAGAGCACAUUAUUCACUGCUCGAUGACACCCCGAUCACGGCUCUUCUACUUUACAACAUGUACGUGGAUGAUGUGGCAUUGGUUGGUCAGUGGACUGGCAUCAGGAGCUACAUUGGUUCUCUUCGAUGGUUCUCCAUUCCGCUACGUAAACAAGUCCGACCCGUCGACUUCCGUUGCAGACGACCUAGCGAUGCAUCGUCUGAUAGAUGAGUUCGGCAUCACCCAUUUCGGCACAUCCGCAAAGUACCUAUCCAUUCUGGAGCAAAAGUCCGUCGACCCGUCUGCUGCUGGACUUGUCAUGGACAAAUUGGAGGCGAUCUAUUCCACGGGUUCGCCACUCGCCCCUUCGACAUUCUCUUAUGUAUACUCCGCCUUCCCCUCGACCAUCAAUCUAGGCAGCAUUACCGGUGGUACGGAUAUCAUUUCAUUGUUUGGCGCACCGAACCCACUUCUACCCGUUUAUGAAGGCGAAAUCCAAGGCGCUGGUUUAGGCAUGGCGAUCGCUGCGUAUGACUACACAGGUGCCGACGUCUCAGCCUCGGGCGAACCGGGCGACUUGGUCUGUACCAAACCCUUCAUAUGUCAACCGGUGGGGUUUUGGGGAUCAGAAGGAGAUUCAAAGUACUGGAAGUCAUAUUUUGACAAGUUCACGAACGAAAAAAAGCAGCCCAUCUGGCAUCACGGCGACUUUGUGCGCUUCAAUCCUGCCACUGGUGGGCUGUGGAUGCUCGGACGCAGUGAUGGUAUACUCAAACCUGCAGGCGUACGCUUUGGAUCAGCUGAGAUAUACAAUGUGGUGCUCCAACAUUUCCCGGAAGAUGUGGCAGAUGCGCUUUGCAUUGGGCGAAGGAGAGAGUCUGAUACAGAUGAGACGGUCGUGCUUUUCCUGAAGAUGGCAGAAGGCCGUCAAAUUUCUGACGAUCUUGUUGGAAAAAUAAAGACAACGAUCAAACAAGCACUCAGUGCGCGCCAUGUUCCCGCCGUCGUGGAAGAAUGUCCAGAGAUACCUGUUACCACUAACGGGAAAAAGGUAGAAGGAGCUGUCAAGCAAAUACUUUGCGGACUCAAUGUUAAGACAAGCGCGAGCGUAGCCAACGCCGAAUGUCUGGACUUUUACCGGGACUGGGCAAGGACGCAUUGA